CGUCAAUCUUACCAAAGUUGUGUAAAUCACAUUUGUAAAUACAGCUGUUCCUGUUGUGAUUAAAUUGUCAUACAGUGAAUGUUUCGAUUUAUAUAUCAUACAUACGUAUACAUAUACAUAUAUACAUAUAUAUAUAUAUGUAUAUAUAUAUUGCAAAUUUUUGUUAAAAAAUUUCAAGUAUCGAUCUACUUGUCAAUAUUAGAAAAGAGGAACAGCUCAAUAUUUUUGUGAAUCAUAUAUACAAAAGAGACAUUUGACCUCCUUCUCUUCAGGAGCCAAAACAGUCAACUAGCAGCUGCUUUUGAGAGCAGAUCAUGUCAUAGCAAGUGAACUCUAUAUAAACAUAGGAAUAAAAGAUAUUCAUUCUAGUCAUCAUGUCUGACAAAGAUGAAAAGAAAAAUGAUGAGGCAAAGUCCAAUGUUGAUAAGCUUAACAUUCCUAUCGAAUGUCCAACUUCAUCUCGCCAAAUAGAAGAUGAUAACCAUGUAAAACAACAAGGUAUACAAAAUAUGAUAAGCGGAUGGACUGGAGCGUCUCCACCGAAGUUUGUGUCUCAUGAAGAAAUUAUAAGAGCUGCAAAUGGAAUGACAAAUAUGGCUUUGGCACAUGAAAUUGCGGUGGAUAAAAAUUUUCAAUUACAAAAAUUGGAACCAGAUGAUGGUACUUUUCAUAGAAAAGUUAAAGAAAUAAUGCAUAAGGCUUUUUGGAAUUUGUUGGCAGAACAAUUGGAUGAAGAUCCCCCGAUUUAUACACAGGCUUUUAUUUUAUUGAAAGAAAUUAAAGAUACACUGGAUGAACUUGUAUUAUCACAUCAUUCAAAAAUUAAAGAGAAUAUUAAAGAAGUUCUUGAUAUUGAUUUGAUUCAACAGCAAGCGGAAAAAGGUGUAUUAGAUUUUCGCCAUUAUGCAAAUUAUAUUAUUUCUAUUAUGGGCAAAGUUUGUGCACCGGUUAGAGAUGAAAAAAUACAAGAACUGAAAGAAAAAGAAGAUGUUAUUGAAACAUUCAAAGGCAUAAUGGAAGCUUUACAAUUGAUGAGAUUGGAUUUAGCAAACUUUACUAUAACUAUGAUGAGACCAAGUAUUGUUGCCUCAAGUAUUGAAUAUGAAAAGGCUAAGUUUGCAGAGUUUUUAAAAAUUAAUACAGAUGGUUUGCAUUAUACUAAAAAAUGGUUGUUGAAACAUCUUAAUGAAGAAGAAAUUGCAAAUGCUUCUAGUCAUGAUAAUUCUGUGAGACAAAUCACACAUCGUCUUUUAACUGAAGCUUACCUUGAUCUCCUGGAAUGGGAUUUUAAUCCAGAUGCAGAAACUUUGAUGCUUGAUCAAGGUAGAUUGGUAGAAUUACGCGAUAAGACCAGCAGAUUGAGUAUAAUUGGUUCUAUAUUAUUGUUAACAAAUAAUACCGUUGGUGCAUCAAUACAAGGUGUUGCUAAGUUCAAAAUUAGUCUAAAAGAGGAUUUAACAGUGUUAUUAGAUUCGGUACAUUCAAACAAGGAUUUAGAAAAGGUAAUGCCAAACAUUGUUUUGCAAGUGAUAAAAGACCUUAAGGCAACAUUAGAAGAAAUUGGUGCUGGAAAUUUAUCAACUGAUUUAGAAACAUCAUUGGAGGGGCAAAUAACAGAUUUGAUUAAACCGGAUCAUAAGAUUAGAAGCCUUGUUAAUUUGAGAAUUAGACAAUUUUUGCAAAGAAUUAUACAAUCUCAGAGUGCUAUUCCUCAGCAAGUACCAAUUGGUCUUUCAUCUCUACAAGAAGAAUUAACAGCUAUAGCAGCACAAUUUUUAAUACUCGUUUCUCAUAACAGAAGUGUGUUUGGGGAAUAUUAUCAAGAAAUUGUCAGUAAUGUACUUUCUUCUACAUAUAAUAAUGAUGUGGUAAAGAAGGUAGAACAAGAGAAUUCAAUUGAUUCAUAAAAUGAGAAUUUAUAUGGUUUUAUAUUAUAAAACAUUUAAAUAUCUGGGAAUAGUUUUACAAGUAAAUACUAUAAUGAUUUAAUAGUAAGGGAUAACACAAUCAUGGCAGUAUCAUGCAUAGGGACCUAUUGCCACUAAUACUAAUUACUUUUUUGUACUUUUAUUAAUUUAAAGUACUUCAAUAAUAUAUUCAUAUGUUUUAUAAGGGUUUAUACAACAAUGAAUAUAAAAUAACACUUCUUUAUAUUUGGUGUCGUGUAAAAAGAUCUCUUUGCAAUAAUAUUUAUAUAAAGAUUACUUCAGAGGAUAAAUUUGUACGUAUUGUAUGAAUUUAUGUAUCAUAUAUAUAUACAUAUAUACAUAUAUAAAUGCGUACACGUACACGUAUGUGUAUAUGCGUAUAGAAUUUUCUAUAUUUGCCAUGGAAUAUUAUUAUUAAUCAGAAUAUAAAUUUUUUCAUUCCAUUAAAAAAUAUAAUCUACAUUUAUAUAUAUAUAGAGUAGAUUUAUCUUUGCACAAAUAAUUAAAUAAUUUUUUAUCUCUCCGUUCAUUCCACUUCUAUUUACAAAACACUUUCUUUUUUUUUAGGUUUCAGACGCUUCCUUUUAAAUAUUUUGUAACAUAAAUAUGCAUUUGUUUUAACAGAUCAGUAUUAAGAAAGAAAACUAUAUAUGUGUGGGUAUAUUUACAACUGUAUAUACGACUAUUGGCAAAUUAAUAAUUAAAGGACAGAAUAUAAAUGCAGUAAAUCAAUAUGUAAAGCCAAUGAAAGGAAAAUGAUGAAUUCAUAUUUUUGGAACGUUGUUUUCAUUUCAAUUAUAAUAAUGUGUUUCUUGUACGAUUACUAUAACUGCAUAUAUAUAUAUAUAUAUAUAUAUAUAUAUAUAUAUACACACAUCAUACAUAUAUAUAUAUAUAUAUAUAUAUAUAUAUAUAUAUAUAUACCACAUACCAACACGUUUUAUCUUUUGUUUUUUUUUACCGCUACCAUAGUGCUUUCCAGUUAUAGAGUUAAAAACAAUGAAGAGAACAAUUUUGUAAUCUUAUUACAAUGGAAUUGUAUAUUACGUAUUUUUGCAUUAAACAUUAACAAGUAUGAUAUAUUUUACAAAUUAACAAUUACCUUUAAAUAUAUGACUGUAUAACAUUUGUAUAAUAGAUUAAUAUCACGUUUUUGUUAUUCAUACGAGUAGUAGUAGUUUAUUGUUCAUAGUAGAAAAGAAAUAUUUGUACAACAGUGUAGUACAGCACUAAAUUAAUUUAAUUAUUUAUAUAUGUCGUUAUGUUUAAUAUUCUCAAGAGAUCAGUAUAUAAAACAAUGCAAUUCUAAAAGAUUCUAAAGAUCACUUGUAAGGUUUUAUUAACUUUGUAUUAAGAGGAAUAUUUGAAAUAAAUUAUUAAACAUA